GUGCACUGUUAAAACGACAUCUAUACGGACUCUUGCAUGAGGAGUGUUUUCCAGAUUCGAAAUGAAUACCUACUUACAGUAAAUGCAUACUAGUUUGCGAGUCGUACUGAUUCAAGGGAGUACUCAACAAUAUCAGAGAAAUGCUUGGACUUCAAGAAACAAUGUCGGCUGGGACCACCAAAACCUAUAGCUGUGUUGCAUGCUCAGCUACUUUCCAGAGUUUGGCAUCACUUCUGGUACACCAAGCAUCUCAUGCAAACGAAAUCCCUCAUCAGCCGAUGUCAAUACAGCCUACUUGUGGCAACUGUGGAAGCUUAUUUGCAAGUGCAGAUCUCCUUGAGAAACACCACUGCAUGGUGGUGCCCCCUCCUGCUUUUCAAGAGUUGUAUAUCUGUGAAUGUGGUGAGGGGCUGGAUGAUUUAUCUUGUCUCGAUGAACAUAGAAAGUCACACAAGCAAGAUGCGCAGGUCAGCUCGAAUCUGGAUAGUAAUCCUGAACCCAUAAGCUCGGAAAUUGAGCCAGACAGCAAAACAGACUCCAGCCGCCUGGCCUCUGGCCAUGUUUCUCCUAAUCUGUCACUAAACCCUUCUAAUGAAGAAACAGUUGUGAAAAAUGCAUUUUCUGAAGCUGAGGUGGUUUCAACUACAGAUGUAACUGUAUCUGUGGAUAAAAAUGCCUCAAUUGAGGAAGAUCAAAAUGUCUUAAACCCACACGAGUGCUCCUUAUCCCACCCUGUGAUGGAAGAGCAAGAGCCUGCCCUUGAGAAAAACUGUGACACUUUAGAAUCCUCUGCCACAUCAAAAAAUUAUGAGCAUGACUAUGAGAAACCUCCAGAUUCAUAUAAAGAUUCCGAUCAAAUUAAUAAGAAAUCAAUCCUGAAGAUACUAGCAUCUGCCUACAUGAGUCAUAGACAGCCAGCCCCUGUACUAAGCAAGAGAAACCUUCCUAUCAGAAAAGUUUCACCAAGGGCACCCAUGCUGGAUGAAACACCUAUAGCAGUGUUAAAGCCUGAGACAAUGGAGAAUCAAUCUAAAGCAAAAAAUGCUGAAAAAGUGCCCUGUUCCCCGAGCACUCCUUCAUAUGUAAAAACUGGUAUGUUGUCUUCAAAAAAGAAAAAAAAGAUUAUAUCCGUGACGCAAACUCUCUACCCUGUGGUGUCGCUUGAGACGCGUCAAAAGCUUUUUGGCAAGGACAACGUGGAAGGCAGACAUAAGUGUGGCAUCUGCCGUAGGGUUUUCAAGGACAAAGACAGCUUAAUAAUGCAUCAUGCACAGCAUAAGAAAGAGAGAGUUAAAUUUUGUCUUCGUUGCCAACAAUUUGUGAUCUGUGCUGCAGAGAAUCACAUCUGCCCUGCUAGGUUUGCCGUAAACCGUCAACAUGUACCUAUUGCAGUAAAUAGGACUCCGACAACAAAUACAGCAACACCGCCACAAAGACGGUUCCACUGUUCUAAAUGCAAGCGUAGCUACGUGUGGAAGCGCAAUCUCAAAAGGCAUAACUGUAGGCCAGAAGUGAUAACCUCUGCCACUGUAGACAAGCAGGAUGAUAUCAAACUCCACAGCUUAAAAAAUUAUUCCAAUAAAAGCGUGCAAAACUCAGAAAAAAAUCCAACACAGACGCAUCAUGUUGGGGUAGGCACAGAUUCUAUAAAGACUGAGGAGCAGAGCACAGAGUUUUCAAUAGCGGGGAAAAAUCUGACUGCGUCUUCAUCUCUAAAGCCAAAGGAUUCGAUGCAUUCACCAAAAUCCUUUGCUUCCAUCAACUCCAAACAAAAUGAAUCAACAGAAACAAAAAAAGUAGAAUUACCAGCCAACAAAGUUGGAAUGGAGGAGGAAAAAGAUUCAUUUGGGGAAAAGCAGUGGACCAUGCCAUUGGAUGAUGCCGAAAUUGAUGUUCUAGUUGAUGUAGAUCAAGAGGACCCAGAUAAUGAGGACAGUUUGGAGGAUAUGGUUAAGGAGGACCAAGAUGAAGAUGAGGAUGUUGUUAUUGUAGAACCUGGUAAUGACAAGAAAAUGGGGUCAGUGUUACUAAGUAAUGGCUUUCAGGUGCAUGUGUCCGGUGAUGGUGUGAAACGGUUUGUGUGCGCCGGAUGCAAGAGAAGCUACUCUCGUCGAUUCAGUCUGAUGCAGCACGUGAGGAUUUGUGGAGCAAGCAAGUUAAAACAGCAAAAUUCUUUUCAGAAAAAAUCAUCUGGUCGUCCUGCACCUGAGAAAAAGUUUCCAUGUCCUCAAUGUGGCAGGUUCUUCAGCCGCAAAGAUAACAUGAACACGCACAGACAAAUAUGCAAGGUGAAAACCCCUAAUCCCCCAGCUGAUCCCCGAAUUGUGGAGAGCAAACCGCAAGCAGCUCAGGAAAACCUAUUUGUGUUGUCGCCAACUACAGAAACCCCGGCAGUCAGACAGGAGAGCAGUCGAAGUAGCAGCAGCAACUGGGGUAUUAUGUCACUGCCGUCCGUGCUCCCGAGAAGAGUUACUUGUGAAUGUGGAGCCUCUUUUACUUGUCCCAGACUUCUGUUUGAACAUCUGCAACACCAUGCACAGGAGUCCUACAUUUGUCCUCACUGUGGUGAGAAUUUGCAAUCGUGGAUGGAUUUUGAGGCACAUCAACAGAUGCACAAGCAAUCUCAAAGCCAGGCAAGCGAGCAGCCUCAGUCUCACCCUCAGUCAUUUAACCGAGUGACCCAAUCACAUGUUCCAACUAAGCAGCCUCAUCCUCAGUCAUUUAACCAGGUGACACAAUCACAUGUUCCAACUAAGCAGCCUCAUCGUCAGUCAUUUAACCAGGUGACACAAUCACAUGUUUCAACUAAGCAGCCUCACGCUCAUUUAUUUCACCAGGCGACACAAUCGCAUGCUCCAACUAAGCAGCCUCACCCACACUCAUUUAACCAGGUGACACAAUCGCAUGUUCCAACUACGCAGCAAACGCGUUCAUUUUCCCAAAUGCAACGGUCACAGGUACCUACUGGGAUGUCUACAGGUUUUCAGGCAUCACAGCCAUCUGCACUCUUACCACCGAAGAAUUUAAACCAUGGAUCUUAUCCGCAAACACAGACGUGCCCUAAGUGCCAAAAGACUUUUGCAGGUCGCCGUUCCUUGCUAAGACACCAACGGUUGUAUUGCAGAGGCGAUGCUGCAGGUCAGGGGAAACAGUCGGUUCACAAUCAAAGCAAUACCAGCAAUCAUCUUCGUUGCCCAGUUUGUGUUCGUUGGUUCAGUUGUCUAGAUGGGCUAAAGAGGCACUUGGUCUCACACAGCAGGCAACCCGUUGCCAUGUUGUCGUGUCAGAUUUGUGACCAUAACUGUCCAAGUGCUCAGGCACUUGAGGAGCAUAAAAGAAAUGUUCAUAAAAUAAACCAAAAUCAAAUCCUGCCAGUGAAACAAAAACAGGAACAGUUAGGCCAAACGAGUGCACAGAGCAGGCCACCCACUGAUUUUCAAUGUCACAUUUGCCUCCGCUAUUAUCCGAAGAUUCAGUCGUUGAAAGAUCAUGUAAGAAAAGUUCAUCGCAUAAAAGUGACAAAACCAACUAAUUUGAGCAUUACAGACCCGAGCCGUUCUGGCCCAUUCCAGUGUCAGAUCUGUAUGCGUACCUAUCCCACUAUAAAAUCCUUGAAAAACCACAGAAGGAGAGUGCAUCAUAUUGUGGGUGGUGUCUUCCAGUCGGCAAAAGGAACUGAGCCUAAUUUCACACCCGGUCAUUUUCAAUGUCAGAUCUGUUCUUACAGCUUUCCAGAUAUGAAUUCUCUCCAAAACCACAAAAGGAGGGUCCAUCGUCUCUUUGGAGGCCUUGAGCUAGUAAAGGGAAUUGCACAGCAAAGCCAACCCAAUCUAUACAAGUGUCAAAUAUGCCAACGUGGCUAUCCUGACUCUGUGUCUUUAAAAAAUCACAGGAGAAGAGUUCAUCGCAUUUUAGGUCCAGUCCCUCAAACAACGACGAUGACAACAAAUGACACUAUAAAGGCUGACACUAUAAAGGCUGACACUAUAAAGGCUGACACUAUAAAGGCUGAAACUAUAGAGCAGCAACAUUCAGAUACACUUUUACAAAUUAAGCCUUACCUGUAAAUAAAGCAAGUUGAGCUUUUUUUCUUUGAUAAGGUGAUCACUUUACUUUAUUGCUAUAUACCUAUGUCUUUUGGAUCCAAAUACUAGAAAAAAAAGUUACAUUUGUACAGUAUUCUCAGCAUACAAGGAGAGCACCUGUUGGUACAUAAUAAAAACAUUCUGAAGGGUAGUUAAAAGAUGAAUCCAUUUGAAAGUAAUUAAGUAGUGUUUCAUAUCUGUUUGGAAGUCUUAUAGUUUAAUGGUUUGUAACUUACAUGUUCAGCUUCUUUUCUCUGUAUUUUAUGAAAUAGCCUAUAUAGCUUUUUUUAUCUUGAGAAAUAUUUGCAGAAUACACUGUACGAACUGUAAGAUAGUAAUGUAAAUAACUGGUUUUAGGUAGCCAUCGUGUAUUGUUAGUGUUCUGUAAAUAGUAUGUUCUGAUGUAAUCCGGCUGUAUGUUGCAUCAAUAAAAGGUAAUGGCACCGUUCUGUCUUCA